AUGGUGGAUAGGUACGAGAAGCAAGCUCAUCAUGAAAAGUUUCAGGGUAAGUAUCAAGCAAUGGUUGUUUGCUGUAUUCUUGGAGUCGGAACUGUCAUUUCUUGGAAUAGUAUGCUCACAAUUGAAGAUUAUUACUACCACGUUUUUCCGGAUUACCAUCCUUCGAGGGUACUCACUGUGGUAUACCAACCAUUUGCGCUUGGAACAAUCAUGAUUUUCUUGGAUUUGGCAACAAAAGGACACGGUGGGAUUGUAUCGUACAUUGGUUUAUGCGCAAUUGUUGCUUUGUUUGGACUAGCGGAUGCUACUGUACGAGGAGGAAUGAUUGGAGACUUAUCGCUGAUGUGCCCUGAACUCAUCCAGUCAUUCAUGGCCGGUUUGGCUAUAGCUGGUGCUCUGACAUCAGCAAUUAGGCUAAUAACUAAAGCAGCAUUCGAAAAAUCACAUGACGGUCUACGGAAACGAGCAAUUAUUUUCUUAGCAAUCGCAACAUUCAUAGAGUUACUAUGUGUGAUUUUAUACGCUUAUGUGUUUCCGAAACUUCCCACCGUUAAGUACUACCGAAGUAAAGCCGCUUCUGAAGGAUCCAAGACCGUUUUAGCGGAUCUUGUUGCUGCUGGUAUUCAAAAGCAAUCAGAAUCGACUGAUGAUGAUUCCAAGAAUCAAAGACUAAGCAACAAAGAGCUUUUGCGUCAAAACAUAGACUAUGCAGUGAAUCUAUUCCUCCUCUACGUUUUGACCUUAUCUAUUGUUCCCGGGUUCUUAUAUGAGAACACGGGACAACACGGACUAGGAACAUGGUACGCACUUGUCCUCGUAGCAAUGUACAAUUGUUGGGAUUUGGUCGGAAGGUACACACCGCUGGUGAAAUGGCUCAAGAUUGAGAAUAGAAAAGGACUUACAGUUGCGGUUUUGUUGCGGUUUUUCCUCAUUCCGGCGUUCUACUUCACUGCGAAAUAUGGUGAUCAAGGAUGGAUGAUUAUGCUCAUUUCUAUUUUGGGAUUGACUAAUGGACAUCUCAGUGUUUGCAUUCUCACCAGAGCUCCUAAAGGCUACAAGGGUCCGGAGCAGAAUGCGUUAGGGAAUUUACUGGUAACGUUUCUUUUAGGCGGAGUAUUUGCGGGAGUUGCCUUGGAUUGGUUAUGGCUUAUUGGUAAGAAGAAUGUCUUUUGA